AUGCUGCCUUGGAAGCUUUGGAGGCGUUGGAGCAGGAGCCGCCCGGCAGCGCUGACAGCACCGGCGGCAAGUCCAUGGCAGGGCCGUUGCAAGCUGCAAGCCCCAGGCCGCCGGCUGCAAGGCAAGCACCCAGGAAUUGGAUGGGCUUUGGAGGCGUUGGAGCAGGAGCCGCCCGGCAGCGCUGGCAGCACUGGCGGCAAGUCCAUGCGGCUGCAGGCCGCCAAGAUGGCUUUGCUGAAGCAGAAGGCCAAGGCCCCUGCUGCAAGCACAAGCGAAAGCACCCAGGAUUUGGAUGCUGCCUUGGAAGCUUUGGAGGCGUUGGAGCAGGAGCCGCCCAGCAGCGCUGGCAGCACUGGCGGCAAGUCCAUGCGGCUGCAGGCCGCCAAGAUGGCUUUGCUGAAGCAGAAGGCCAAGGCCCCUGCUGCAAGCACAAGCGAAAGCACCCAGCAAUUGGAUGCUGCCUUGGAAGCUUUAGAGGCGUUGGAGCAGGAGCCGCCCGGCAGCGCUGACAGCGCUGGCGGCAAGUCCCUGCGGCUGCAGGCCGCCAAGAUGGCUUUGCUGAAGCAGAAGGCCAAGGCCCCUGCUGCAAGCACAAGCGAAAGCACCCAGGAAUUGGACGCUGCCUUGGAAUCUUUGGAGGCAUUGGAGCAGGAGCCGCCCGGCAGCGCUGACAGCACUGGCGGCAAGUCCAUGCGGCUGCAGGCCGCCAAGAUGGCUUUGCUGAAGCAGAAGGCCAAGGCCCAUCCUGCAGGCACAAGCGAACGCACCCAGGAUCUGGAAGCCGACUCAGAGCAAGAUUCCGCAGAGGCUCGGCAAGCGAUGAGAAGGGCGCAGGCAGUUGAGAGUGAUUCUGACGCAAUUUCCGACGACGGCUUUCCAGCAGAUGUGGUGAUCCAGUCAUUGCGGUGGUUCGAAUGGCAAAAGCGCUUGAAUUUUGCGCGGCGUGUCGCCCUCUACAUGGCCAAGAUGCAUGAUGCCUCCACAGAAGACUCUGGCGCCAUCGUGCUUGCGUUGGCCUGGUUCCAGCUAUCGCGACCUGGCAGGGUCUCCGGAAAUCCCGGCUUCGGCGAGCUGCGCGGGGCAGCACUGGCCCGCGACGCUCUUGGCACCGCCGCCAGCGCCUUGCGCUGGUUCCAGCGGCACCGGGACCUGCAGCGUGCCCGGAUGCGGGCACUGCAGGCAGCUAAGCGGACCAAUGCGGUGGACAAUGCCACCAGUGCUGUGAGCCAUCUCUUGCAAGCAGCCUACUGGGUGGUGCGCUGGUUCGAGAUUUACCGCCAGGUGCACAUGGCAAGAAAGGCAGCGCUCUACGUGGCGCGAACGCAGCAUGCAGCUUCCAGAAAGCCCGGCGGCAUAGUCAGUCAAUAUUUGCAUUGCGCGACUUGGGCCCUUCGAUGGUUCGAGCUCAACCGCCAGAGAUACGAUGUCUCAAGAUUCAUUGGCUUCGCAGUGGCCCAGGUUCGACGGGCUGAUGCGGCCGUUGCCAAGCCCAUUGCGGCUCGCUGGUUUUACUGGCAACGUGGGCAUGUGCAGCGGAAGCACACCGCGGAGGCCCUGGCGCAGAAGUAUGCCAUGGCACUCAACAGCAGCGGCCAAGCGAUCGCGGCGAUCUGGUUCCAGUGGCGGGCGCAGCGCAGAGGACAGCAGCAGAUGGCAGACUCCAUGGCCAAGAAAUUUGCGCUGAUGUUUCAAGGGAGCGCAGAAGCGUCGGCGGCCGCGUGGUUUGAGUACUUCCGACAGGUGCUUGUGGCCAGGCAGGAAGCGCGGGACGCAGACGCAGAUGCAGAGCGCCGUGCCCUUAUGGCUGAGUUUCUGGGGAAAGGCCGUGGCGAGGAGGGGCGAUGGUUCAUUGCGCGGCGCUGGUUUCGGCAGUGGCACAGCCUGCGCUGUGUCAAAAGCUGCCAGCAGCGCUUGGCAAACAUGCCGUCGGCGGCAGGGCCCUGGUGCACUAUGGGCUCUGUCCUGCAGCAGUGGCAGCUCCACGUGGUCUCGGGCGCGUGCCGGCGGCGGGCGAGGAGGUCCCGCUGGGGCGGCCUGUUCAUCACGAGCUCGCCAGGUGACUCGUCCUUGCAGCAGCAUGUGCAAGUCUGGUUCCGAGAGGCAGCAAACACCGGCCGACUGCGCACGAAGCUGGACAGGAUGCUGUUCAAUCGCAGGUCCGACGCCGAGCUCACGGAAUGGACCUUGAGGAUAUGGCAAGCAUGGAGCUACGAGACCGCCAAGACCCGGGCAUUUCGUGUGAUGGAGGAGGCCAUUUUGCUGCGGGACGAUGGCCUGGAGCUUUGCGCCAGGGCGGCCAAGGCGCAGCAGGAAGCGCAGCCCCCGUGGACACUGCUGGCGCUGUGGUGGUUUUGGGCAGGACGAUGCCGAACGGCACGUGGGGCCAUGAGCGCUUUGCAGGCCAGCGCCUCCCGCUCCGCGGAGCAUGCCAACCUACAGCUCUCUCGCUGCACGGAGAUGCAGUCUGCUGCUGCUGAGAGAGUGCUGAUACCGCUCUGCCUUUGUGCUUCGUGGUUUGCCUGGGUGUCUAUGACUCGUGAGGCAGUGGCUGCGGCUUUGGAUCAGGGGCUCCAAGAGGCGAAGAAGCGGCCGGAGAUGAUGGCGGCGAGGUGCGCGGCGUACUUAGAGGACUUCGAUACCUCGCUGUAUUUGCACAACUCCAUGGCUGCAUGGAUUCGCUACGUGGCCGUCGCCCAGAUGGAGCGCAACAAGUCGGAGUUGGAGCAAACCAGGGCCAACUACAAGCUGGCAUUGGAAGAGCACAAUGCAGCACUUGACUCCUCUGGACUGAAGUAUGAGGAGGCGCUGGAGAAACGAGUCGUGGAGCUCAAAGAAGCAGAGCAUAGGUACGGGGCGGCCACGCAGCGGCGCCUCGACGCCUCGGAGGCCAUCGAGGCGAAGCUGGGCCUCGCAGAGGCGCAGACCGCCCUGGAAGCUGAGGAGAAGUGUCAGCAAGAGGCAAGAAAGUACGAGGCCUCGCUGGAGGCCAUGGCUUUGCGCCAGCGCCUCAGCGAGGACCGUCUGCGGGCGGAGGCGCAGGAGGCGGAGCAGAGCGAGGCCUUCGUAUUCCAGCGGCACCAGUCAGCACUUCAAGCCAUGGAGCAGAAGCAUCAGCUAGCGCUGAAGGGCGCUGAGCAGAAGAUCCAGCGGGCGCUGGAGAAGCACCGCUUGGAGCUGGAGGCGCGCUACGUGGAUGAGGCGGAAAAGCGACACCAAGCAGCGCUGGCUCAGAUGCAGAUGGUCAUCGAACGGCAGAAGGCGGAAAUGGCGAGCUUGGAAAGGAGCGAAGAGAUCCUGGCACAACGCGAGCAGCUGGCAGAAGCACGAUGGAGCGCUGAAAUGGAGGAUCUGCGGACCGCGACUGCUCAAGAGCACGAAAUCCUGUCCAAGCAGCGUGGAGGUCAGCUGGACGCCGCUCGGCGCGCGGCAGAGCAAGAGACGCAGCACCAGUUCAAGUCGGAGAUAAUCCAGCGGCAAGUGCUGCAGGAGGCCGCGCAAUUGGAAUGCCGCGUCGCCCUGCAGAAGGCUGAGCAGCAGGAGGAGCUUUCAACACAGAGCCGGGAGGCAGCGCUCCAUGCAACGGAGCAAAAGCACCGAUUGGCUCUACACCUCUCCGAGCAGAAGAUCCAAAAAGCCCUGGACAGACACCGGUCAGACCUGGAAGCCAGGUAUAGUGACGCACUGCUGGAAAAGUCCAAGGAUAAUGCCGACUUGGCUGCCCGUUGCUCUGUGCUCGAGGCAGAACUCACCGCAGCAGAGCACAAGGCCAAGAGCACGUUGGCAACAGCAUUGGAGGUGGCACAGCAGAAGCACCAAGCUACGAUGGAGCUGACAGCUGCAAGACAUGCAAGCUCAAUGGAGGAUCAACAGCUCAAAGCUCGAGAGAGGCAAGAAGCAGCGCGAGCCACAGAGGAGAGGCAAUCAGCUCUUCUGCGUGAUCUGGAGCAGAAGCACAUUGACGCCAGGGAAGCAGCCGCAGAAAGACUGGAGGAGGCGUUGGAGCGGAGCUCGAUAGAGCUGCGGAGCAAGCACCAGGAAGAGACCAAGGAGCUGGCAGAAGAUCAUCGUAAUGAAGUGGUGAGGAUGGAAGCAGCCCUGGAAGCCGGGCAGAUCAAGUACCAGUUGUCUGUGGAGAAGUACACCAACCUCAUGGAGGCAAUGAGGCAGAAGCACGACAAGGCUAUGGAGCUGCUGCGGAAAGAAAUGGAGGAGAAGCAUGUGACAGCGCUGGCAGAUGUAGACCACCAGUACAAUCACGCCAUGGUGCAAUGCGAGGCAGACAUGGAAAGUGCGGAGACAAGAUUGUCCAUAGCCGAGGAGAAGUUUGAGCAAGAGGUGGACAGCAUGCAGCAUUUGCAUGAGUUCGCACUCGACAAGAUGAAGUCUGAUCUGGAAGAACGCCACGCUGCAGCCCUGUCGUCAGCAGAGACGAACAAAGUGCUGCUGGAGGCGGCUGAGACCUGGGCCAAAGAGAAGCAUCAGUUCAGCGAAGAGACUGCAGAGCGGAAGGAGCAGAAUGCGGUGCAGAGGCUGAAGAAGCAGUUGGAGGCAGCAGAGCUCAAGUACCAGCUGGCCGUUCAGCGCAGCGAGGAUGAGAUGGCAGACCUGAAAUUUCAGCAUGAGACCGUGCUGCGGAGCAGGGAGACGGCCCUGGAGACACUGGCCGCAAAGUUGCGUCAGUGCGAGGCACGUCAUGCGAAGUCAAUGGAAAUCGCCGAGGAGAAGUUCCGCAAGGCCUUUGAUCGAGUCAAGCGCUGUGCCAUCGAGGAAGCCCGGCAGCAGAUUCUGGAGCACCGGCGGCACUGCAGGGCUUGUCAGCAGGAGGAGCCCCUGCCUUUGCCAGCGCCAGCACCCCUGCCUGCGCCGCCGCCAAAGCCGAAGCCGAAGCCAGCGCCACAGCUUACCCCUCGACACUUGCGGGAGGUGGCCCCAAUGGACCUGCCCUCGGUGGAAACGGCCUUGGAGAGCCUGACGGUGCAGCGCAGCCAAAGCUGGCUUUGGGCUCAGGAUAUGCAGCGCUUGGUGGAUCGCGGCCUCGAGGGCAUCUUGGAGCUGCAUGAGGCCAUGAUCCUUCUCCUGGAGCAGGCAGCGCGGCAUUCCCUGCUGCAGGGCCAAGAGGACCCACGUGCCGAGUCGCGCAUUGCUUCAGUGAAGCAGCUCGUUGAGAAGGUUUCCCGAGUGAAUGACGACCUUACAAAGUUGCGGAGUGAUCGCGCGGGCUUUUGGUUCGCUUUGCACCAGACAGCCGAAGAAGCGGUCCAAUACUUGCGCCAGGCGCAUGAGCUUCCGGCACCAGGGCCUGCCGUGGUGAAGCGCCUGGAUUUCGAAAUCGAGGAGCUGGGCCAGGACCAGAAGCGGCUGGCGGAAGCCUUCAGCGACCUCGCCAUGCGCCUCAAGACCGCAGGCAGCAGUUUGGAUAGCCUCCAGGAGGCCAGGUCUGCGCUCCCGAAGCGCGGCGAGGCGGAGGCGCUGGACCACGCAGGCACGGAUGCGCGAGACCUGAUCCGCACCAGCAGCGAGGUGGUCUCUGCCCUCUUGGGCGACGUGCGGGACUUGUUCUACCUAGUGGACGGGUCCAACCUGCGGCCGCGGCUGCGGCCGCACGCCUCGCUUGCAGCCCUGCCAGAUGUCAGGCCUCUCUCUCAGUCGCUGCUGGAGCCACCCUCUUCGGAGCAACUGGAUGCAGGCUAA